GUGAGAAAAAAUCUACUGCAGCCUGCAGCCUAUGUCUGGUUUAUACCAAAAAAUUACUGAGUGAGCUUCUCGAUCAAGGCGAAUCUUUUCAUAGACAUUAUGGGACUCUCCAUUUUUGCAACAUCACCAAAUGUAGAGUAAACUAUCAAUUUGCGUCCAAGAGAAUAUUGUUGUUUAUUCGUAAUUUAUUUUCAUUUUGGUAUAAUCCAGGGGUUCACACACCCCUAUGAUUUUCAUAAAAUGGGAAACCUAACUAUGUUAUAGAGGGCAACUAUGUUAUAGAGGGCUGCGCGCUAGAUAUAAGCUACAUAUUACAAUAAAAAUAGGCUUUUCAUUUUUUCCAUUUCCUAAUAUCACAAUGUCGGUUGCAUUUUCAUCGGCGCGCCCAAGGAGCAAAGGGGAGGUGACACAACAAACUAUACAAAAGAUGCUGGAUGAAAAUCACCAUCUGAUACAAUGUAUAAUGGAUUACCAGAACAAAGGAAAAACAGCAGAAUGCACACAGUAUCAGCAGAUUCUUCACAGAAACCUGGUCUAUCUGGCUACGAUAGCAGAUUCUAAUCAGAACAUGCAGUCACUGUUACCUGCGGUAAGUCUGCAUCCUCCUACCCCUAACAUGGGGAGUAUGGGUCCUGGAGGGAUGGGGCAGAACGGGGGCAGUGGGCCCAUACACUCCCAGAGUAACCUCAACGACGCCAUGACACCUGGCCUGCCCCCCCCCUCCAUGAUGCAGAGUCAGAUGAGCAAUGGCCCCAGCCACGCUCCCAUGCAGCAGCAGCAGCAGCAUGCGGGUCAGACACAGUCGGCUGGGCCCUCCUCCACGCCCCUCAGCCUGCCGGCCAGCACCCACUGCUCAGCCUUGGGCUACAGCCACCCCGUGCCCCCCUCUUCCCAGGGCAGCAUGAUCCAGGGGCCUGGCCCAAGCCCAGGCUACGGUUCUUCCUCUUCUUCCUCCUCCCGCAGCAACCUCAACAUGCAGUCCAACCCAGUCUCCAUGAUGCAGCAGCCUCAUUACCCGUCGUCCCAGACUGGGGCCGGGCAGCAGCACUACCAGGGCCAACAGACUGCUAUGGGCAUGUUGGGGCAGAGCGGACAAGGCAACAGUAUGGUGAGCCAGAGGCCCAUGGGGACUUACCGACCCACACAGCAAGGAUGUGCACUGCAGUACAUGGGACAAGACGAGUUCUACGGAGAGCAGUAUGGACACACUCAGAGCUCCAGUGAGCCCAUAAACCAGCAGUAUUACCCUGAUGGUCAUGGCGAGUACUCCUACCAACAGUCGUCCUACGGCGAACAGGGCUAUGAGAGGCCCUUUGACGAGUCCUCACAGCACUACUACGAAGGAGGCAACUCCCAGUACAGUCAGCAGCAAGCCCAGUACCAGCAUGGCUCAGGUCAGCAGCAGCCCUUCAGCCAACAACAGUACCCCUCACAGCAGGGCUACAGCACACAGCAACAGGGCUAUGGUCCAGGUCAGGGUGCGUCGUCCCAGUACUCCCAGUACCAGCAGGGUCAGGGCCAGCAGUAUAGCUCCUACCGCUCCUCCCAGGCUGCCCCUGGGGCACAGACACAGAGGCCCUACGCUUACGAACAGGUACAGCUACAGCUACCCCUGACCCCACGUUUUGAGGAGGACGGUGCUGUCCAACCAAACAUUGGGGUCAAUAUGGAAACUACCAGCAAUAAGGCACCACCUCCUGGGCAAACUGGUGGACAGGUUAGGCAAGGGAACACUUCUGUGAAUGCCCCUUAACAGUCAUGUGUAAACCAGUCUGAGUAAAUUAGUUAGAUUAAGCUCUGAAUCCUUUUAGUUUGCUGAGAGACAGAUUAGAAGGCUAGAAUAUCAGCUCCAUUGUCCGCUUGUUCAAUAUUUUCUAGCAGAGUAGAGGUUAACUGGUUCAGGAGAUCCUGUAUGAAGCACCUCUCAUCUCUGCUUUCUCUCCUCACCCUCUAUAAGAGGCUUUGAAUUAGGGGGGUAUCUGGUAACAAAUCGGGGCAUCCUCAAUACUAUUAUUAUAUUAACAUGGGCACUAUAUGUGUUUUAAACUCAUGUGAAAUGUUAAACCUGCCUCUAAAUGUCUUCCUUCCUUGGUCUAUGACCUCUAUCAGCCUCUACCUGGCUCCUCAUAUCCUCCCUUUCUGUCUUUGUCUUUCACAGGGUGCACAAUACAAGUGCUUUCCUCUCUUUAAGAAUGUAAUUGGAAAUGUGCCAAUUAGGUUGUUCACAUUUACAUAAGAUUCAUCUAAUAUAAUACAUUCAGCAUCUAUUAUUCAGUGUAGAGAAUAACUUAGAGUUGACUCUUGAUAAGUGUACUUUGAUUAAGGUGAAAAUGGGGCUUGUCGGUGGUGUUCAACCUGUUUUUUUAAAUCUGUGAAGUUGUGUAGGUCAGUGUGUGGUGUGACCGACUGUUUUGUGUAAACACUCUCUUUGUGUAAGAAGAACCAAUGUUUUAGUAAGGUAAUAGACACAAUAGCUGGUGAAUUGACAAGUGUGCAUCAACUAUACUACAUUGCCAAAAGUAUGUGGACACCUGCUCAUCGAACAGACUGCCAGAUGGUGAAGCAUGAUUAAUCACUCCAGAGAACGUGAUUCCACUGCUCCAGAGUCCAAUGGCGGUGAGCUUUAUACCACUCCAGCCGACGCUUUGCAUUGCACAUGUUGAUCUUAGGCUUGUGUGCGGCUGCUCGACCAUGGAAACCAAUUUCAUGAAGCCCCCGACGAACAGUUAUUGUGCUGACGUUGCUUCCAGAGGCAGUUUGGAACUCAGUAGUGAGUGUUGCAACUUCAGCUUCUGUCAGUCCCGUUCUGUGAGCUUGUGUGGCCUACUACUUCGCGGCUGAGCCGUUGUUACUCCUAGACGUUUCCACUUCACAAUAACAGCACUUACAGUUCACCGGGGCAACUCUAGCAGGGCCGAAAUUUCACAAACUGACUUGCUGGAAAGGGGGCGUCCUAUGAUGGUGCCAUGUUGAAAGUCACUGAGCUCUUCAGUAAGGCCAUUCUACUGCCAAUGUUUGUGUAUGUAGAUUGCAUGGCUGUGUGCUCGACUUUAUACACCUGUCAGCAACGGGUGUGGCUAAAAUAGCUGAAUCCACAAAUUUGAUGGGGUCCACAUACUUUUGUAUAUAUAGUGUAUCAACACCAUCAUAAUCUCAUCACAUAAUACAGUAUGGAAAAUCCAUGUCCAUGAUCAACCCCUUUUGUUCAUUCUUAAAUUUGGUCUGAUUGCCUUUCUAUUUUUUAACUAAGUGUUUUUUAAAUUAAGCUAAAUCAUUUAACUUUUAUAUGGUAUAUUGGAACUUUUUCCAUCCUAUAUUUAUUUAUCAAUAUACAAUAAUUUGAUUUAAUUAUCAGAUGUUUCAGUUUAUUAUUCUGUUUCAUUCUCUGUAAUGCACUUUUAUUUAUCAUAGUGUCAUUCAAGUUGUUUCUAAGAAAUUAUUUCCAAACAGAAGAAUGUGUUUGGCAAUCGGUACAACACCUUUUCAAUACGAGCAAUACAGUCAGUCAUUGGAGCAGAGUGAUAUUGUCAGUAGGCUUGUAAUUAGAUUUUCUGUGUGCCACCACACAUUUUUGAGUCUAUAGCCUAUUAGAGUACAAAAAUGAAAGUCUUAUUAGCCUUGUGUCUUGUUGAAUACAUAACCCAAAGUAUUAUUGUUGCCAAUUGGGUUUGGAUUUUGCUUCAACUGUCUUAGCCCAUAUGAAUGGAUUUUUGUUUUAAAAAAAUUACGUUCUUACGAAAUUGAUGUAGUCAUAGCCUAUAUCUGUGAGUGCAUAUGACAUACUGACAUAUUUGGUUUCCAGCAACUAAAAAGUUUGCCAUUUGUCUUGCUCAAUUGACUAUAUUUGACGUGAUCAUAGAUCAAGUUCGGGGGUAAGGCCUUAGUGUUAUAGAAGACAAUUGUCAAAUCAGUUUGUCACACAAACACAUUGCCUUAUUAUUUAUUGACAAAGUACAAUAAAGAGAUUUUGUAAAAAGA